AUGCCAUCACGACAAGACACCAUCGCAUUGCUUACCUCCCCAGCCACCCCACCCCAAGACGCAACCUGUAGCAUCUGCCACGACCCUCUUAACGACGCCGUCGAAGUAGCCUGUGGUAAUCACCACGUCUACUGCCGCAAGUGUAUUACCGAAUGGCUAGAGGUUGGUCAUACGUGCCCGACAUGCAGGGUAGCACUACAUGACGAGGGUCAAGGCGAAGGUGAGGAAGAGGAGGCGGAGUUUGAUGAGGAGGAGUAUCGGGAUGCCCUGUUGGAUUUCAUCGAUGAGAUGAAUGCCAUGACUUCGGAGGAGUUGCAGUUCAAUAUUAGGCAGUGGGUUGAGGAGACUGCCGCGUUGGGCAAUGCGUAA